GUCUCUGAAGUCAGGACUCUACAGGAGCUGAAGGUGGCAGUUGAACCACUAACAGACUAUCUAGCAACUGCUGGCUGUUUGAGGAAUCUUACUUCCUUGACCGACAAGUAUCAACUACUUAAAGACAUUCUCAUGUUCCAAGUUGUUCACCGGGUACUGGGACCUUUUGAGAGAUUCAGAGACGGGCUGAAGACCCUUGGAGUCCUCCAGAAGAUCCAGCUACAUCCAGAAGCUUUUCGCAAAUAUCCUGUUGCAAAUACCUGCAUAAAUUACCUGCGCCUGCCACUGUGUACACACUAUGAGGCCUUCAAGGAAGUGAUGGACUUCGCCAUCCGCAACACUCAGGGUUUUGGCAUGGCUGGUCUGAUCUGGCUGUGUCUGAGUUUAACGUCAUGA